CAAUGCUGAGUUUACAGAAUUUGGUUAUUGUGUGGUUUACAUGUAGUAAAAUAAUAAUUACAGAGUGUACCACUAGAACACCUAGCAUGGCUAGGUAUUUCGGGCAGACUUAAAUUAAUUCUAAGUUUAAAAUAUUACAAAUUAUAAGGAAUGUCGGGCUCAAAUAUAAAGAGUGAGAUUGUUUUAGAUAAUCUCCCAGUACCUCAGAUUCCAAAAUGUCUUCAGAUCCGUACAGUGACCAAAAGACUUCUGUCAUAUGCCGAAGCAAAGAGAUUUAGUACGUACCGUCACGCAGGUCAUGCCUGUGUUUGGGCUCCACAGGAAGGUAGUUCCAGUUUUGGAGAAUUGCGAGCAGCAGUCAUGAUGCAUCUGCGCUUUGAUGGCACCUUUGGUUUUCCUGGUGGUCUAGUGAAAUCAGGAGAGGAUAUUGUAGAUGGUUUGAAUCGAGAAAUGAAUGAAGAGAUUGGCUGGUCACUAAGUGAACAUCCUAUUACUUGGGCAGAUUACUACAGCACUCAGGUGGAACACAGCAAACAUUUGAUCCUACAUUUCUUCAUCAAAGAAAUAACUCUUAAUCAGUUCAUUACUCUAGAGAGAAAGUGCCCAACAGUACCUGAAUAUGGGAAUGAGGUAUUUGGCACAGUGCGUGUUCCCCUGUAUACGAUGCAGAAUAUGUACAGUGGAUUGCCAGCCUUCCUGAACAACAGGUUUGUAGGCACAGCAAAACAGCAGCUGCUCUUAGCUAUGUAUCAUGUCAAAAUUAUGACUGAAGCAGAAAUUAAUGAUGUCAUAUAUAGGAGUAAUAAUCUUAAAUUAAGCCCUUAUAGAAUGUAGCAUGCCAUAUUUCCUGUAUAAUAGACAGAGUAUGAAUAUGGGAAUAAUAUAUAUUAAUGUUAACUAGAGUGGUUUACUUAUUUUCACCUAUUUCAAGUAGUGUGGGUUUGAUUUAAGAUGGAAUAAUACUUCAUAUGAAUAAAAUACUAACCCACGCAGUAGGAAAUUGCAUAUACAGGAGUAUUUUCAUUUUGCUUUCAGAGUGCAUGUACAGUAAUAUUUGUCUUGUAGUGCUCUUUAUGCUAAAAUUAUUUGAGCUCUGAAUAUAAAUGUACUAGUAAGUAGUGGAAAUAUGUUAUACAAUGCCUUAUUGUUAAAGGUCAGCUUGUUAAUUUGACUAAAGAUCAAUUAAAAAUUAUACCAGCCAUAUGGAAAGCAGUAAAUGUUAGUUGUUUUUAUUUACUGUUAAUUCUCAAACAGCUCUGCAUAUGAUGUAUAGUAGUCAUUUGUCCUCUUAUGUAGUAUACCACAAUGUAAUCAGGACAUCAGGUGUGCUGCACAGUUACAAAAAAUUACACCAUGUAUAUUUGUUAGACUUUAGAAGCAAAGUUCACUGUGACAUAAAUCAUUUGACAAGUGAGAAAUAUUUUUGCCUGAAAUCAUUAUUUCUGAACUAUGUACAUUACAAAUGCUAGAGCUAUUUUCUCUGCAGUACUUCUAACAGUUAGUCACUUCAUUUGUGCAACAAUUUGGUGCAUUUUGAAGGAUAGCUUUGGAAUUCUGGAAGAUGAUGGUAAAACUCUUCUACAGUCACCCUGGUCAUCCUUUGGGUGUUGCUAUAAAGUUAUAUAACCUCAUCUCAUUGCUCACGUUGAUGGUUGAUGUAUGUUUAGUUUAUUUAGUUAACACCUCUGAAGGAAAUAAUAAAUAUUAAGCAACUGUUUUUCUCAUUUGUCUCAGUUUUGUGUCACAGAGUACUGUGUAUGUACUUGUAGCACUUAAGAAGUGCAUAUAUGUAAUGUGGCAUUUUUUCAUACUGUGAAAUAAAGAAUUGUCUAUUA